AUGGCAAAGGUACAAGGAACGUGCGACAGCCGCUUCAAGGAAGUCGAGGAGUUGUUUCAAUCAUACCUGGACUCAGGAGAAGAGCUUGGAGCUUCAUUCGUCGUGAACAUUGACGGAGAAGAUGUCGUCGAUCUCUGGGGCGGAUACGCAGACAAGGCCCGCACGCGCGCCUGGGAAAAGGACACCAUCACCACCGUAUGGUCGACAACCAAAUGCAUCACGGCGCUCGCCGUCUUGAUCCUGAUCGACCGCGGCCUCGUCUCGCCGAAUGACAAGGUGUCCAAGCACUGGCCCGAGUUCGCGGCGAACGGCAAGGAGGACAUCGAGGUCCGCCACUUCCUGUCGCACACAUCCGGCGUUCCCGGCUGGGAAGAGCAGCUCUCGCUCGCCGAAAUCAGCGACCUCCCCAAGGCGACGGCCCUGCUCGCCGCGCAGCCGCCCUGGUGGACGCCGGGCACGUGCUCCGGCUACCACUCCUUCACCUUCGGCCACCUGAACGGCGAGCUCGUGCGGCGCGUGACGGGCAAGUCGCUGCGUCAGUUCGUCGCCGAGGACAUCGCCGCGCCGCUGGGCGGCGCCGACUUCCAGCUCGGCGCGAAAGAGCAGGACUGGCCGCGGGUCGCCGAGAUCAUCCCGCCGCCCGGCUUCGAUGGCACGGUCAAGAUGGCCUGGCUGGACGCCGACACGGUGGCCGGCAAGGCCAUGCGCAGCCCGCCGCCCGACGGCAACAACGCCAACACGACGACGUGGAGGAACGCCGACCUGGGCGGCGCCAACGGUCACAGCAACGCGCGCGGCGUCGCCCGCAUGCUCUCGCCCAUCGCGCUGGCCGGCACCGACAAGCAGACUCCGCUGCUGUCCAAGAAGACGGUCGAUGGCAUCUUCGUGCAGCAGGCGAAAGGCGUGGAUAUCGUGACGGGCCAGGCGCUGCGCAUCGGCACCGGGCUCGGACUAUCCAGUAAGGACACCAUCGCCGACUGGCUACCUGAGGAUGAUGGCUUGUGCUUCUGGGGCGGAUGGGGCGGCUCGGCCGGAAUUGUCGAUGUGAACAGGAGAAUGACCAUUUCGUACGUGAUGAACAAGAUGGAGAAUGUAUCAUUCGGCAAUGAUAGGACGAAAGGGCUGGUUGGCGCCGUUUACAAGGCCUUCGGCAUCGCGUAA